AUGCUAGUUCACCUUUAUCACUUCUAUGCACCUCGCCGCGAUGCGCAGCCGAAGCGGCUGCCUCCAGGUGCUGAGCUUCUGGGGCGACCAGGCUUCGAUGCGCUCCACCGUCGAACACCAUGAGUCGACUCCUGCUCUUUGGAGCGCUUGCUCUGAGCUGCUUUAGCAGCGCGUCAUCGGGCCCGCUGCCUGACACACCCAGCAGUAGCAGUGAGUUGCCGCCGCUGCAUGCGAACCACCUCUUCAAUGCGAUCCACUCGUCGAUGCGACAGUUUGGCUCCUCACUGCACCACAAUGGCAUGUCCUUCUUUAUCUCGACCGUCCCUGCCGGUACGCACUUCUACCACGGAAGAGGGACUGCAGACCCAGUCGAGGGACUCGAGUGGCUCGCCUUUGAGCCCGAACACGCACUCUUCUUUGCCAACCCGCGCAGGCCUCCUCCUCCACCGCCGCACAAGGAUCCCCGUCCCCCGCCUCCGCCUCCGCCGCCAGCCAGCGACCAGAUCGUCUUUGGCCAUGCGCCGCCUGAUGAAGACCCGUCGCAGACAGGAUACCUGCACACCUAUGUCACGAAACACCCCCUUCGCCUGCUGUACCUGGAUGGCAUGUCUGCCGCCAAGUCGGAAAAGGGCACGCUGGACACGCAGGACUACGUCUUGGCCCGGGCAGAGAGGGGAUCCUGGGGUGAGAGGGAGCGCGCGACCGAGAUGUGCGAGCGUGCAAGGAAUGAGUGGCGCGGCGGCAUCGAUGGCAUCUUGCGCAUGGAGGCAGGCUUCGAGAUCAUCCUGUGCUCUUUCGAAGAGCAUGUGACGCCCCUCCGCAUCACAGCUGCGGCUCGCAGCGACCAAGGCAACGGCGAGGAAAGGUGGAGCUGGAUACAAGCCAUUACUGCUCGCUACCACGGCAUCGGCGGGGGCCGCGUGCAGCUCGACUACGACGAUUUUGUAAGCGCUUAUUCCUUCCCCGACGCCGAGCUGUUUGCUGCGGGCCAGUUGCCACGACUCAAUGCAACGAGUAAUCACACGCUCAAGGAGAUCCUGGCCCAGGUCGACCGCCUUGCCACUCGUCCGACGUCCUUUGAUCAUCAGCAGGCCACCACGGCGGCCCGGCACGACUGGCAGGCGGUAACGGACAUGAUUGUGGCGCGACACGGACCCCGGCUGGCGCAUCUCACGAGCCCCAGCAUCGCCAAGUCGUCGCCGUCGGUCUUGAAAGAGACACUUGAUCGGUUCAUGCGGCCAUUCAUCGACUACUCUGCCCGAGACGUGGGCGCCGAGACACAGCGCUGCACCGACGAGUAUAUCCCAGCAGACUGGCCGCACAACCAAGCCAGCAUGGCCAUCCGUGCGGUGUCGUACCGCAUCUGUUCGACGAUUGCAAGCCUCUCAGCGGCAGAGACUGUAGACGUCAGCUCUGCUCUGAAGACGAUCGCCGAGCUCAAGGAGUGGCUGGCGUGGACGACUUGGAAGCAGUGCACGGGCUGUACGGACGAUGAGGCCUGCAUCGUCCCCAUGUGGCCAUUUGGGAGCAAGGAAGACCACGAGCGGCCCAGCUGCGCCAACCAAACGACUCUUGGGGACCAUCAGGGCUACUGGGAUGGCCCCUUCCGACGUCCCAGGAGGCCCGGCCCCCCAUGAUGGUCCAUUUGGUGGCCUAGCUCCACUCCAUAGAAAGUACGUGCUCGUUGCUGCCAUCAAUCUACUUUCUUUGUCCACAAGUCACAUAGCAUAGGCUGCAAGCUGCGACCAGUAUGUUCAUCGAUGCCUUCCGUGGGCAGCUAUAGUGACUGGAGGCUUGCGUGGUGGCCAUGAGCAGUCGAAGACAUUGCGAGCAGCCACUACUAGCUCCGCGCACGGGCCGACGCGUUUCGCUGCAUGAAUCCUGGGCUUG